AACCUGGAUGGAGAGAAACAUUGUAAGAGCAAUAUGUCUUGGCUAUAAAGAACAUGCCAGUCACCCCAACCAGGGCUAGAACCUGGACACAAUCUGCUGCAAUAAGCCUUCGACAACAGUUACAAGAAUUACAUAAGGAAGUUUGUUUGUCAUUAUAACACCUUGUUAAUUCUGUGUUUUUUAGAGCAAUUGUCGGUUGUUUGUGUUUGAUACUGUAACUCAUUCGUGGAGAGAAAAAGGAAGAGGUGUGCUCAGAUUGAAUGACAUGUGUCAGUCAAUGACAGAAGGUAUCUUCCAAUCCAGGCUAGUGAUGCGCACCCAAGGAAGUUUACGUGUUGUCCUCAACACUAAACUGUGGCCAAGUAUGACUCUAGAAAAAGGAAAUGAGAAAAGUUUACGAAUCACUGCAAUGGAUAGUGAAAAAGACAUUAAAAUUUACCUUAUAAUGGCCGCUCCAAACGAUAUCCAGCGUUUGUGGACCGCCAUUGAUCGUCGCAUCCAGGCCUUGAAGCGCGGUGAGGAUGUACAAACACAGGAAAAAACCGCUGACAAAGAUCAUGAGGAAGAAACCAAGACCGAGCCGGAUGAUGAACUCAAGGGGACUGAGCCCGAGGACGAUGAUGACUCGGUCAAAGAUCGAUGCGAGGCCCCGGAUGACAGCAGUAAUGAGUCUUGUCCCAGGGAGGAGGGGAGGAAAAAGGAAACGGUUGCUGAUGACGAUUAAUAAGACAUUGAAUAAACAGUGAUCGCGAACAAAUUCUGUUACUCAAUACAGUACAAUACUGUGCACUCUGGAACAACUUCCCAUGUCAAUUCUAUGUGACACUGACGUAACUGUGUGAAUAUUUCGUCUCAUUGGCGGCUGUCACGCAACCCUUCUCACCAUAGUUACUAUGUUCUAACCGAGGGGCGUUGCAUGACGACGCUUGAAAUGAAGCCUCUGAAGACCAGAAAGAACUUAAAGAAGAAGAAAAACAUGGACAUAACUUGUUUGCCGACCUACAACACUGAACUUUCAUUUUGCUGCUGAAUUAAAUAUCCUUGAAUUAAUAAGCAAUCGCCACGUUUGGCCUCUUCAAUUCACUUAUCACGCACAAAGUAUUUUUCCUUUCUUCGUGCGGCGUGAGCCUGCGCGCGAAUCCACUGGAUCACGUGAGAGAUGCCAUACCUGUCCCAAUACAGUUGUAGAAAGUAGUUUUUACAUUUAGUGGCCUCUUCCAGAUUCAGGUCCACAGGCGGGGUAUAGGCCCGUAGUGGACAAUCUCUGUCGUCUUCGCACACAGUUAGUAUAGGAAAUAGAUCAGACGGCCUCUCUCUUAAAAAAAUAAACUGAAACAUUUUCAAGUGA